CAGUUAUGUUUCCCGACGGUGUUUAGCGACGCGUCAUACGCGUUCUGCUCAAAAAUCAACUCAUUACUCUUCUUUCUCUUGUACCACAACUAUCCUGUGCUUUCAACGGAAUGGCACCUCUAUCUGUUCAUAUCAAGCAUGCUGGCAAGGUUCACGAUGUUCAGUUAGACCCUGAUCAGCCACCCUCUGUCUUUAAAGAUGCGAUCUACCAAGUCACUGGUGUGCCUAUAGAGAGGAUGAAAGUUAUGAUCAAGGGAGGAAUGCUCAAGGACGAUACCGAUUGGAAGAAGGUUGCACCAAAGGACGGACAAACAUUUAUGGUGAUCGGUGCAGCGGGCGAGUUGCCUAAGCCACCAGAAAAGCCAGUUGUUUUUCUUGAAGACAUGGACGAUUCCGAGCUUGCACAAGUGGUUUCUUACCCUGUUGGUCUCGUUAACUUGGGUAACACAUGUUACAUGAACUCUACCGUACAAGCCAUGCGCGCAAUCGUUGAAUUGCAAACGGCCUUGAAUGCUUCAUCAGUGACCGGCCUCCCCAACCAAUUGAGGCUUCUCUUCAAUAACAUGUCGAAGACUACCGAAUCAGUUACACCUAGUUCCUUCUUGCUGGCACUUCGACAGGCAUUCCCUCAGUUUGCUGAACUCAACCGGAGCGGUAUGAAGGGGGGUGCUGCAGGGUACGCUCAACAGGAUGCGGAGGAGUGUUGGACACAGGUGCUUCAUGCACUUAAAGUGGUUCCCGGCCUUCCAGGCCCCUCCGGCUCUAGCGCACAUACGAAGGGAUUCGUGGAGCAGUUCAUUGGCGGAGAAAUGCGCCGCGAAUUGAAAUGUGAUGAAGCGCCAGAGGAACCACCCUCCGUCACGACAGAGAAGGUCCUCAAGGUCGACUGUAACAUUACAAUAAGCACUAACUACAUGUUGAGCGGUAUUUUGGACGCUUUGGACGGCAAACUGGAGAAAAAUUCGCCAUCGCUCGGCCGUCAAGCAGUAUACACGACACGUUCUCGUCUCUCUCGCAUACCGUCAUACCUCACCGUACACAUGGUUCGAUUCGCUUGGCGAGCGGACAUUGGUAAGAAGGCGAAGAUCAUGCGCAAAGUCAAAUUCCCACUCGAGUUUGACGCAGUCGAGAUCGUCACUGACGACCUCAAAGAGAAACUCCUGCCCAUAAGUAGACGACUCAAGGAAAUCGAGAAGGAUCGCCUCGAGAGACGUAAAGUCCGAAAACGCACCAAGGUUGCUGCCGGGCAGCCUAAGAAGGAUCGAGAUGUCGAGAUGACCGAUGCCUCCGGUGCUGCUUCCGGUUCCACUGCUAACGCGCAUUCGUCGGAGAACCAGGAAGUCGCUGGUGGGGAGUUGCAGGAUGAGAGCGUGUAUAGGGAGAAGGAGCUGAAAGAGCUCGAGGCUCUUGUUCAUGCUGACUUCCUUGCGGAUGUGGGAAGCAGCGUCAGUGGCUUGUACGAACUUGUUGCUAUCGUCACGCACAAAGGAGCAGCAGCCGAUGCAGGACACUACAUGGGCUUCGUCAAGCGGAGCGUCUUCCACCCCAUCUCUAGGAAAGCCGGUGAUCCUGGAAUCCCGGAAGACGACGAGGACUGGUACAAGUUUGAUGAUGAAAAGGUGUCCAUUUUCCCGAGGGAGAAGUUGGCGACUUUGGAUGGUGGAGGUGAGGACUCGUCGGCGUAUGUCUUGUUGUACAAGACCAAAGCUCUCGCUUGAUUUUUCCUCGAGCUUUCCACUUUGGUAUUUUUGAGUUGUGCUGUACUUGCUGUUUCUGUACUGUACUCAAGGAAAUUGUGUUAUGAAUGAACUGAUCUAUAUCGACGUGAAGCUUUGAAAUUUGAA